CAGGAUGACGAAAACCCUGUUGCAGCACAUGUACAUGACCCACAGAUUCCAAAGACUAAUAUUGAAUAUUAUGUAGAAGAUUCUAAUGAUAGUAGCAUCAGCAUUGUCUGGAAGGAACUAUCAUCAGUGAAGGAAUCUGACAGUUAUAUAUUAUGUCCCAUUACUGGUCAGUUUGUGAGAGCAUGUGGAAAUGAACUUAUCUAUACCAAGGAGGACUCAGAUGCUGCAUUUUCGGAUGUUGAGGACUUGGCUGAUGCUGGAAAGCCCUUUCAUCGUUUAGUGAACAAUAAAGUCAAAGUCAAAAGAAUUCGGAAAAUCAAUGGGAGGAGACCAUAUAACAAAAAGCUAUGCUGUUAUUUUUGUGGUAAAGUGUUCAACCACAGGAUUCAGAAGCAUCUAGAAAAUGGGCACAAACAUGAACUUAUGGUUGCUCAGGCCUGUGCCAAAAAUUCAAAGCGUGAAAGAGACAGGUUGUUUGAUAAACUUAAAAAUCUAGGAAAUUUUAAAUACAACAUAGAAGUGCUCAAGGAAGGAAGUGGAGAUUUAAUAGUGUGCAGAAGACCAAGCAAAGAAACCCUGACAUCAUUGGAUUACUUACCAUGCAUUCAUUGUUAUGGAUUUUUCUCUAAAAAGGAACUGUGGAGGCAUACAGGAAAAUGCUCUUUUAAGAACACCAAAUUAAAAGACCAACGAGGCAUCAUCGCAAGAUCCAGGCUUUUACUUGCAGGGGAGUCUGUGUAUCAGAAGAACUGA